AUGGACAUUGACCCAAGCCGGAGGAACAAGAAGCCUCGCCCUUUGUUGGAAUCCGAGCGUGAGCGACUGGACGAGUUCAUCGACUCUAUCCAUUAUUCAGCAAGAUACUCUGAUGAUCAAUUUGAAUAUCGCCAUGUCCAGCUGCCGAAGAACAUGCUGAAAAAAAUACCUGCCGACUACUUUGACAGUUCCAAAGGGACCCUCAAAUUAUUAUGGGAAGAAGAGUGGCGAGCUCUUGGUAUCACACAGAGUCUGGGCUGGGAACAUUACGAAGUUCAUGAACCAGAGCCGCAUAUUCUUUUGUUCAACGUUUACACGGGCGUCGACAGUCCAGACACCGAGGAAGAGCCAUCUCGACGUGCCGCUAUCCAAUGCACAUUAGAAUGCUCCCGGCAAUUCAAAACUCCGUGCAAUGAGUUCGAUAAAUGGAAUAUGGUAUGAUUCAUAUAAGCAAGAUCUCUCGUAUGUCGGCUAAAGCGUGAGGGUCGUUAAAAAUCAUUUUGUCCUUCUCCAUUGCCUUUACUUUGGGCCUGAGGAUUUUCAAUUUACGUUCGGCCAGCCAUUACUCCCACCGAGUAGCGGUGGAACUGCUAAUCCCUGGUUCUUCAAUGUCCUAUAACCUCAAAGUCAGUGCUUUACGAGGCACUCGGGACUUUUAGGCUUAGGUAUCGCACAUUGAGAUACGCUGUUGGAGAGAUAUGAACUCCACGACUUGACUUGCCCUGUGCUCGGUGUUAGUUGCGACUCUCAGAAAGGACGCUAAGUACAUACUUUGACCAUUAACUUUAAAUCAUUCGUGAUCUUAUUUCCGGUGUUCAACUUUCCACCCUUUCCGGACUCUCGGGAAUUAUCAGCAGUCUCUGAAUAGAUUUUCACAUAUAC